CGAAAUGAAAACAUGACGUGCCCGGCCCGUGCUGUGUGUGCCGAUGUGUUUGAGCAUGUUCGGGACUGGUACAACGGCACCAGGUGUGAAGAGAGGAGGACGCUACACAACUGCAAGUGUCAGGGCAAUACGGUGUGUCCCUACAACAACGAUGCUCACAAGAUAUACGCCUCCAAGAAGCAUACGCGCUAUACGUGCGAGCCGACGUGUACAUUACCGUACUGCAGCAAUGUCCCGCGCCAGCUGGUGAGGAACCGUAUGGUCCCGCCCACAGCCGUCACAGCGGAACAGAACUCAGCGCAGUUUGGUGGAAGAACCUACUACAGGAUUGACUGCCGUUGUCCCCGCCACCACAACCCGAGACAACAGAGAGGAAGGUUCCGAUCUGUGAAGACGUACUCGCAUCGUUACGACUUUAGACUGCACCAGUACUCCACGCUCUACAUCUGUGACGCACAAGGGAGUGAGGGGCGCCUCCCGGACCCAUGUGAAAACUAGAGGAUCAGCAAUAGGCUCUGUGGGGACUACUACUGGCACGUCAGUUACGCCCACAUUGUGGCAUCAUCUAUUUUCUCAACUAUAUUACAAGUAUCAGCAUCAACCAGCCUGAAAGACAGUCAAGUGGUGCUCAUUCAUAUAACAUGAAGAAUUGUAGCCUAAUACGAUUAUUUAUACAAUACACAAAUGGCAUGUGCUAUAUCGAACAAAGGAACACGGAAAAGGAUUAAAUAUUUUUUUAAACCCAACCUUUUGCUGACUACGUCGUUGAAAGAAAAAGAACAAAGUACUGUCUUUCCAACUUCCUCGUGUAGGUCAGUUGUCCGAAAGAAUUGGGGCAUUAAAGUUCUAAUUUAACGGUGAAAAGAGUGACAGAUAAAGAUGAUAGCAAUGAUAAUAAUUAUUAUAAUGAUGAAGAGGGUUUAAGUAGGUUACUACAUGUAUUUUAAUGAUAAUGAUAAAAAUAAUAAUAAUGAUAAUAAUGGUACUGAUAAUGAUAAUAUUAAAGUUAGUAAAAUUAUAUUUGUUUAUGUAUAAUUUUGGUACCCCAAUAAACAAUGAAUAAAGAAACGAUUAUGUUUGGAUCCCAAUACGGAUACUGACAAAAUACAAAGAUUAGUGUGUGCUCGUUCUUGCAAAAUACACAGAAAAUAUU